AUGGAUCGAAGCUCCCUCAAGGACAAGCUCGUGGCGAAAAUUGCAUCUAGGAAAAAGCAAGCCCCAUCUGCAGAGCCCGCCCCAUCUGGCCCUCGGAGACGGUUCAACCGGACUUCUCGCAAUGAGGAUCUUGUCCCGGAACGGAGAGUGAGAGAACCUCACAGGCUUACCGAUACGGAGGAUCUGGACGAGCAAAAGUUUCGAAGGAAAGCGACGAUGCUCAUGGCUAGAAAUCAACAAGAGACUUCUGCGUCUAGCAACCCUGACCCUGGGAGAAGUGUCAUGUGCUACGAGUGCCGAGUCUGGAUGGACAUGAUACACAGCCACCCGUGGGCAGACCCUACCCGGGUUAAGCGGGGGAUCGGUUGGUUUUCCGAAGUUUCUCGUCCGCGUUCAAAUGCAUGCGCUCUAUGCUCGAUUAUCGAGGGCAUUCUGAACGCCAAUGCGGUAGUCACGGUGGGCACAGGCUCAUCCGUUGGGUUCAAGUACCGUCUGCAACCAACGCUACUUGGUUCCGCCUAUGAUCGAGACCCGAGACGGCAAUUCGGCCAAGAAACGGUAUCUACAAGGCGAUUGUAUGAUCGGUGGGGUCUGGGCUUAGAGAUCAAGCCACCUGGCCACAGAGUGAGCUCCAUCCGGCUGGACAAUGUGAUUCAUGGAGCCAUACGGCCCCUUCCAGCCCCGAUCUACUAUCGUUUAGAGGAAGCACCUUUCGAAACGAGGCCACUUCUAUGUGGCCGGAGUCGUCCACCUCACUGCGACUUCAGAUUGCUAAAGACCUGGAUUGACCUCUGCGAUAAACACCAUCGAGGCUCGUGCAUCAGGCGAUCGAAUCUCCGCGGUACGAUACGGCUCAUCGAUACUGAGAACCAAUGCCUUGUCCUGAGCGAUGAUGUGAGCUCCGACCAUGGCUAUAUUGCCUUGAGCUACGUCUGGGGUGACAAGGAACAGUCCUACGCUGUCUCAGCUGAGUCGUAUGCGAAGCUGUCUGACAAGGGCGCCCUACUCAAACUCGACCUCUCCCGGACCGUGGCCGACGCGAUCUUACUGGUACAGAACCUUGGGUUUCGAUAUCUUUGGGUCGACGCCCUGUGUAUUCGACAAGACAGCAUGUUCGACAAACACGAGCAAAUUGCACAGAUGGGCUUUGUCUACCAGAGCGCACUGUUCACCAUUAUCGCAGCCUCAGGAGACGAUUGCGAUGCGGGUCUGCCCGGAGUACGACCGUACACUCGCACCAACGAACAGAAAUCCGUGCAGUCGGGCAACAUUACCCUGCUGAGUGCUUUCCAAUCUUCCAUUCACACGACAAAGUGGGCGCGUAGGGGCUGGACGUAUCAGGAGGAGCUUCUUUCCACACGGAGGCUUGUCUUCACUCGGGAGCUUGUAUACUGGAAUUGUCCAUCCGCCUCAUGGUAUGAAGACCUCCAAUUCGAGUCUAGCGACCGCAUAGGCUUCAUGCCUCCUGGAGUUGACGUACGGCCAAGUCUCGAGGAACAAUAUUCGAAUCUCAAAGCGCGUAAGUAUUUUGAGCUUGUCCAAGAGUACGCGCGGCGAGAAUUGUCGUAUUCAACCGAUGCGCUUAAUGCUUUCUCGGGCAUCCUGUCGAUGCUGACGGAGUACUCGGGCGAGCAAUUCUUCUGGGGACACAUGAUCUCGGAUUUCGAGCGACAACUAUCAUGGUUUGGUCGAGCAAAGGAGAGGCAUGUGACGAGGGAGAACAGUUUCCCUUCGUGGUCGUGGGUAUCCCGUGAAGGAGAGCUCUCGUUCGACGAAUGCGAGACCUACCAUCCUGCAAUAGCCUGCUACACAAUCAAGGCGGGAGCGCGUGGGCUGACUUGCUCGAGAAUCAAUCAUCCGGAGUCUUCCUGCGUGCCCAAGUCAUUGGACAGCUUGUAUGCUCUGCCCCUCGAGCAGGUUAUGAAGUUCGUCCCAGCAAGCCAUCUGCAACCCGGCUUCCACUUGUGCUUCUACACACAAAGAGCGACGUUCUAUCUCAUGCCUCAAGGCCGUCUAGUCCUGCCCGGUGUACCGGGUACCUUCUGGAAUAACAAGAGAAGGAUUCCCCGCCCGGAGCAUGGCUACUUGUUGCCAUCCCUUCAGGGGAGUGACUUGUGCCCGAAGGGCUAUCGCGAAUGUAUCCUUCUUGGUCACCGGCCAGCCACUUCACAGUUCGACGAUCCUCAUGUCCUCGUCAUGCUGAUACGGCGCGACGAGUUCGGUAUCGCAUACCGGGAGGGCCUCGCAGUCAUUCCAGCUGAACACUGGGAACGGUCGAAUCAAAGACGCGAGUUGAUAGUACUUGGGUAA